AUGCUCAAAUUCGACGAGGUUCAGAAACACAACAACAGGGAUUCUUGCUGGGUCAUCGUCCACGGCAAUGCGUACGACGUGACCGAGUUCCUUCCCGAACACCCCGGUGGAGCCGGCAUCAUUCUCAAGUACGCCGGCAAGGAUGCUACAGAGGAAUACGAUCCCAUCCAUCCGCCCGGAACGCUCGAGGAGAAUUUGCCCAAAGACAAGUGCCUUGGUCCCGUCGACCCGUCCACAAUCCAGAAGCAAGACACCCCCAAGGCCGAAUCCAAGCAGAUCGCUCGUCAAGACGAUGCAGGCGUACCACCGCUUUCGCAAUGUCUCAAUCUGUACGACUUUGAGGUGAUCGCCAAGCGCGUACUCAAACCCACCGCUUGGGCUUACUACUCUUCCGGUGCCGAUGACGAGGUAACGAUGCGAGAAAACACGUCGGCAUUUGGUCGAAUCUGGUUCCGACCGCGCAUCCUGCGCGACGUGAGCAAGGUCGACUACUCGACCUCUUUGCUCGGUCAGAAAUCCACCUUACCCAUCUACAUCACCGCCACUGCUCUCGGAAAACUCGGCCAUCCCGAGGGAGAGAAGAACCUCACCGUCGCCGCUGGCAAGGAGGGCAUCAUCCAAAUGAUCCCCACGCUCGCCUCUUGCUCCUUUGACGAGAUCGUCGGCGCACGCAUCAACGACUCCCAAGUCCAGUUCCUGCAGCUCUACGUCAACUCGAACCGCAAGGUCACCGAAAACAUCAUCCAAAAAGCCGAAGCUGCUGGCGUCAAAGGUCUCUUUGUCACUGUCGAUGCACCGCAGCUCGGGCGACGUGAGAAGGACAUGAGGAUGAAGUUUGACGAUGUCGGAUCGGAUCACCAGAACAAGAACAAGGACAACGUCGAUCGAAGUCAAGGUGCCGCACGUGCCAUCUCGUCCUUCAUCGACCCUUCGCUCAGUUGGGACGACUUGACCUGGUUGCGAUCGGUCACCAAGAUGCCCAUCGUGCUCAAAGGUGUUCAGACAUGGGAAGAUGCUGUACGCGCCGCCGAGCUCGGUCUGAGUGGUGUCGUGCUCUCCAACCACGGUGGUAGACAGCUCGACUUUGCUCGUUCCGGAAUCGAAGUGCUCGGCGAAGUCGUCGAAGCGCUCAAGGCACGUUCACUGUUUCCCAACCCCAUGUUCCAGAUCUUUGUCGACGGCGGCAUCCGUCGUGCCUCGGAUGUGCUCAAAGCCGUAGCCAUGGGUGCUACAGCUGUCGGUAUCGGUCGUCCUUUCCUCUACGCCUACUCGGCCUACGGAAGCGACGGUGUUGUCCACGCCAUUCAGCUCUUGAAAGCAGAGAUGGAGAUGAACAUGCGAUUGUUGGGCGCACCAACCUUGAAGGACGUCGUUCCAGAGAUGGUUGACGCUAGAGCGCUGGGCACCCACGUCAACUUUACUCCCAUCAGUCACGGUCAUCAGAUCUACGAGAAGCUCUCCACCGCCGUAGGCAUGCCAAAUGAGCCUACCAACAAGCUCUAA